AUGGAGGCAAUCGGCGCAGGUGCCAGCACACUGGCCUUUGUCCUCUUAGCCCUCAAGUCAGCCAAAAUCAUCAAUGAGUCACUCUCGUCAAUCAAAGAUGCCCCUAGGAUAGUCUCCGAGUUGUCCAAAGACCUAGAGUCGCUACAGUCCGUUCUCGGGCGAAUCUCAGGCAGCUCGCUGCAACACGCGGCAACAAGCACAAUUGAGUCAUUAAAUGACAUUCUCCAAGCAUGCACAACAGAGCUGUCGAGUAUAGAAUGUCGACUCGCAAAAUUCUCUACGAUCUCUGGCAGUAGUCGUUCGAAUCGCGUGUACAAGGGCGUUCUCGCAUACAUAAAGAAAGAAGACCUAGAGAAUGCGCGAAGCAGGAUUCGAGACAAGUCAACGCAGAUAAACCUUUACCUCAGCCUUCUUCAAGCGCAGUCGCUUUUGCAAGUGUCAUCAAGGAUAGAUACUCAUGCCACAGCGACGGCAAGUAUUCUGGAGCAGAUACUUGGAGAGGUGUCAAAACUUCACACAAGACUUGAUCAAGAUGCCGCAGUCAGUGAGGUCGAGCAGCUUCCAGCAAACACAGGCGACGAUGCUAUAGACAGCGCAAUGGCCGGUCGACUUGGUGCCAUGGCACUUUUUUCCGAGCUCGAGUCUAGCAUUUCCCGUCUGUCGACUCUCAUAGACCAUGAUGACCUAACUUUGGACGCCGAUGAUGCUGAGCAGAUCAUUGAUGACCUGCGGAGAUUUGUUGUCAUUGCCAAGGAGAGGUCGAUCGAAAAGUCUAGACUCAGUCGCAACUCCACUAGCUACAGUUCAAUCACAGAAGAUGAUACGAAGGCUUUAGGUAGAGAUCUGAAGCUGAUAGAAGGACUGAUUCUUUCCGCCCCCAUCAUUGCAAUCAACCAGUCUGUCUCUGGUUCUCGAAAACUCCGUUCUCAACUACCGCAAGGCACGGUCAUCAAGCAAAAGCGGAUGAGAGAAGAAAUCGACGUUGACCAUGGCUAUCUCACUAUCUCAACUAACAAGAGAAGAAGGAUAUGCAGCGCGGUUUCCAACCCAUCUGGAAAUGUCAACACAUCGCGUGAUCUUGUCGCUAACAUCGUGUUCCGCCCAUCGAAUUCUCCCUGGAUGUUCUCAGUCUCGCUUUCCCAGGGUCAACUUUUCGAUCGAAGCAUCCAAAGUAUCCCGCGAAUAUCGGUCUGUCGCAUAGUCCCGAAUGACUCGCCUGUCUUCUCUUUGGUGAAGCAGGGCUCCCUCAAGGAGUUCAUAACCAUGCUGCAGGAGGGCAAAGCAAGCUUGCGUGACCACGAUGAGCAGGGCAUGCCACUUCUACAUUAUGCAGCUACGGCGAGCGUGGAGAUGUGCAAAUUCCUGAUUGAGUCUGGAGCAGACGUGGAUGAGAUGGGCGAGCAUACGGGUACUGCCCUCUCACGUAUAGCAGGGCUGGACCGACAUGAUACGACACUAGUACUACUGGAGAACAUGGCUGAUCCCACGUUGUCAUACCCAGGAUGGGAUAACCCGUUGUCCACCGCUUGUAACCUAGAUCUCCCAUCCGCAGAGCUCUUCCUCAAGCACGGAGGACACUUCACGAUGCAUGAUCUAGAGAGCUUCGACCUAAAUGGAAGAACGAGACUUAAUCAGGUUUGUAUGGCAGAAAGCAGAGCGACAAGCAAGAAAAAAGCAGUCGCUAUGCUAGCGGCGGCCGGCGCCAACCUCAACGCUCGCGUAGCAAAGUCAUGGUCUCCAGACGAUCAUCAGACUCUGGGGUUCACGUGCUUGCAUAGUCUUGUUUAUAAAGCUCAUCGCAGCAGGGAUCGAGACGAGCUGGAAGCUGUAGUUUUCCUGAUCCAACAAGGAGCAGAUAUCCUUGCGAUUGACCACCAUCAGCAUAGCAUUUCAAUGCGUGCAUAUCUACCUAAUGACGGCGAUAAUCAGUAUUCGUCCAAGGGGUCAUACAGAGGUGAUCUUUGGGAUGCUGCUCUCACGAUAUGCGGCUAUGAUAUAAGCGCACAGCGAGCGGCAUAUCCCAGAGUGCCCAGGUAUAACAGGAACUACAGAAGGAGAGACUUCGAGAGAUUAUGGGAGGGGCAUGAAACCCUCUGUCCGUAUUGGACAGAUGAGCGAUACCCGGAAACAGGCGGUGAUGACGACUACUGGAAACAACCUGUGAAGCGCUGCGAGCAUGUCGCAUGUUCAGAUUGUGAAGAGCUCCCGCCAAAAACUGACGAUAUUGACGUGGAGCCAAUAAUCGACGCUCAUAUCCCAGGCUACGCCCAAGCUAUAUAUCGCGAAUGGUACUUCGCUCGCAGUCCGGAGUCUAACCCUAGCCAUAUGCCUUAUAUAGACCAUAUUUCGGACGAUUAUUACAGUGAUAAUGACGGAGGAGAGGAGAGCCCGUCGCCUGAUAUUUUUGCGGGAGAAGGCAGGGAAUCAAGUGUAGACGUGGGAACUGAUGGCGGUGUUCGGUUUUACGAUGAGAUGAAUACCCCUUCACCACCGAGCAGUGAAGAUGGGGAAGCGGCCUAUGAGAGAUUGGUUGGGCCAUAUCAGGAUGGAGAGAGGGAGAUUGAUGACUAUCCUCGUUUCGUCGAUAGAUGGCUAGAGCAUUAUAUUCGAGCGGCUGAAGAGGAAUAUGAAGGAGAUGAUGAGGAGAUGGCGGAUUGA